UUUAUGCGACGGGUGCUAGCAAUGGCGAGCGGAAAGAAGAGUUCGCUUCUCUCGUCUUUGGCAGAUUAUGGAGACGAUUCAGAGCCAGAUUCUGACAUCGAAGACGAAGAUACAGGAACAGAGAACCGAUGGGGAGGUCUCGUCUCCGCCAGCUACGGAGAAGACGACAUCAGCCGGGUAGAAGACCCAGAGAAGGGCCCAUCUGAAGAUGAGGAGAGCGGAGAAAGCUCCCGUCACUCUGAAAUGGAGGAAUCGGACGAGGGGAAGGAUGCGGACGAUGUGAAGGAGAUCCCAGAAGCAGAGAAGAAGAACCCUCACGAGCUUGUCGCGCUCUUCUCUGAGAAAGUGAGGAACAUGUCGCCGGACAAGAUCCGGAUUCCCUCGGAGCCGGCUGGUCGCUGCCCCAUCCACUUACAGGAGAAGAUCUGCAAGCUGUACGAGAGGAAGCUGCAGGAAGGCUUCGACACCAACAACCACAUCCAGAAGAAGAAGGAGUUCAGGAACCCCAGUAUCUACGAGAAGCUGAUCCAGUUCUGUGGCAUCGACGAGCUGGGGACCAACUACCCCAAGGACAUGUUCGACCCCCACGGCUGGUCGGAAGACUCCUACUACGAGGCCCUCGCUAAAGCCCAAAAGGUGGAGAUGGACAAAAUGGAGAAGGCCAGGAAGGACCGAACAAAGAUUGAGUUUGUGACUGGCACCAAAAAGGGCACCAUUGCCGCCAACACGGCUGCCCUGGCCGCCUUGGCCUCCAGCGCCACCAGCACCACGGCCACAGCCGAGGCUCAGAAGAGGAAGAGCAAGUGGGACUCUGCGGUUCCGGUGACCGUGGCCCAGCCCCCGCUGCUCCCCGGCGGCGGGCCCAUCCCCGGGGUGGUCUCCGUGACGACCACCGCCAGCGGAACCAAGACCACCGUCAUAUCGGCGGUGGGCACCAUCCUGAAGAAGGCCAAGCAAUGAGAACGUGGUGGUGGUGGUGUCUGUGUGUGCGAAUGACUGUGUGUGUGUGUGUGUGUGUGUGUGUGUGUGUGUGUGUGUGUGUUGUUUCAGUCUCAGAUUUACUGACCCUCAGUUUGGACAGUCCUGUUCCUGACCCUGGUCACAGCUGGACUACAGUCCUGUUCCUGACCCUGGUCACAGCUGGACUACAGUCCUCUCAUCCUGACCCUGGUCACAGCUGGACUACGGUCCUCAGUUCCUGACCCUGGUCACAGCUGGACUACAGUCCUCUCAUCCUGACCCUGGUCCAAGCUGGACCAGUUCAGGCGGUUGGCUUCUGUUGAAGCUCCGCAUGGACCCUCUGUCUGCAGUCACAAUGGUUCUGUGUCUUAGAUCUCCACGUUCUCCACGAUAGAAAUGUUGGGCUCAACGUUUGUAGAUGACCUCCUUUUGGAUUCCAAAGCCAAGGAGUUUUCCAAGGAACUUCUGCUCACUGUUUUCACAACUCUCCCCUAACCUCCCCCCCCCCCCCCC